AUUAUCUGUUCCAGAUGGUAACCUGAGCUAGCACUGUGUAUACUUGUAAUGGACAAAGAAACUACUAUCAAUUCAGAGGAAUUGGCCAUCACUGAAAAUGAUGAAAUUGAUGGGAGUGUGCUAUCCAGAAUAAGAAGAAAGAGAGGUGUCAAAGUUACGGGCAAGUAUAUUCCACCACUAGAAUGGGAGAAAAAAGAUACAUUGCAUACUGCAAGUUUCUGGGAUCAGUCUAACUUUGAAAAAGUGUAUGAUGGUAUGGAAAAUUCCACAGAUUCUUCUUUUCAAACAAUUGACCGUAUGUCUACUAAACUGCUUCUCAAAGAAGAAAAACAAGGUUUUGCUCUCACAAAUAACAGAAGAGAGGACACACCUAAAAUGGAACAAGAGAAACAAAGAAAAGAUACCAAACAAGUGGAAUCUCCAGAGGCUUUUGGGUCCAAAAGUACCAAAGAUGUAUCUCAGGAAAAAAUAAAAGAUAAGAAAACGGACACUAAACAUAGCACAGAAAGAGUCUCUGAAGAAUUGUUACCUCUUGGUUCUGCAAUACCUAAAGAGACACUGGAAGAACUAAAACACUUUCUUAAGGAAAGUCCAUUAUUUAUCAGCAGGAACAAACACAAUCCUAAGCAAACUACACCUAUAGCUUUAAUACCACUUCCAAACACAAUGGAAAAUCUGGCUGACGGCUCAAGUUUAGCUUUUGAAACUUUUCGGCCAAAUAUGGAGAAGAAUAACAAGCUACAACCUUUAAAUACACUAGAAAGAAACCAGUCAAAUGAAGCUAAAACUGGUGAAAAAACAUCUGGAUCCGAGCAAUCACAAGUAGUAGAGGAAGCUGUUGAAGGGAAACAUUCAUUGCUGAAUGCUAAAUCAGGUACAACCAAUGGAAAAGAAGACGACCAAGGAUCAGUUGAUUUUGCUGAAUGUAAGUAUUUCAGCGAGAAGGAUCUUAAUUCAUGUGACAGUGGAAUUCAAAACUCUCUUCAUUUGAUAACUCUUGUUGAACAUGUUAAGCAACAGAUUGCUAGAGAAGAUAUACGCUUUGUAAGAUUUGAAGCUGCUGACCUUCAUGGAGUGUCAAGGUCAAAGAUAAUUCCUUCACGUCUUUUCCAUGAAAAAAAUGUGAAUGGCAUCUACAUGCCAAGAGAUCAUCUUGAAUUAAUUAAGAAUCCAAGAAAUGUCGAAGUGGACAACAUAAAUGCAGGACAGUCUAACAGUGAUAUUAGGCUGAAACCAGAUCUAACAACUUUCAGAAUCCUACCCUGGUUAGAAAAGACUGGCAGGGUAAUUUGUGAUACUUAUACAAUUUCAGGAAAUCCUCUUUUAACCUCACCAAGGUAUCUAGCUAAACAAAUGCUUAAUCAGCUGCAAGAAAGUGGAUUUUCUCUGCAUUCUGCUUUCACUUACGAGUUUUGUGCUUUUGGUGUUGCUGAUAUUAUAAAUUCCAAGUCGAUAGCUUUUCCUGCUGCAACCUUGCUAACUGAUCAUGACCAAUUAUUCAUGCAAGAACUUUUUGAUGGAAUGUAUUAUACAGGGGGGAGCAUAGAGAGCUUUUCAUCUUCCUGCGGGCCUGGACAAAUGGAAAUUUCCUUUCAACCUGAGUAUGGUUUGACAUGUGCUGACAAUGCAUUCACUUUUAGGACUGGCUUAAAAGAAAUAGCUAAGAAGCAUGGCUAUAUAGCAAGCUUCCAUGCUGACACUGAAGGGUUCUAUAAUUCUGGGCCUUUAUCACAUUGUCUGUGGAAUGCAAAUGGAACUAAAAACUUAUUUUCCAGUGACUGUCAAACUGAAGAUCUUACGGAGAUUGGCAAAAAAUGGUUAUCUGGUCUGCUUACUCAUGCCGCUGCCAUAAGCUGCAUAGUUGCACCUGGAGUUAGCAGUCGUAAACAUUUUUCUAGAGAUGUGAAGGAUUCCCAAGACCGUAUCUGUGCUACUUGGGGAUCAAACGAUAAUAGAUGUGUAUACAAUAUUAAAUGUCAUGGCUCCAAGGGCACAUACAUAGAAAACAAGUUAGGUUCAGCCACAGCAAAUCCAUAUUUAGUACUUGCUGCCACUAUUGCUGCAGGUUUGGAUGGAAUCAAGAGGAAUCUUAACUUUUUUAAUGGUGAAAAUAGCAACUGUAAUCUAGAUAAAUUGUCUACUGUACCACUGAAACUAGAAGAUGCCCUUUCCUCAUUGGAAGAAGACACAUAUAUAACUGCAGCCUUGGGAGAGACAUUCAUAAGAUAUUUUGUUACUGUGAAACAAUAUGAGCUAGAAACAGAAGAACUAGAUUCAGAGAGAAAUACAUUUCUAGAAUACUUUAUCUAGAACCAAAACAUAUUAAAAUUGUUUAGUGAUGUUAGAUUUGUUCACAAAGAUCUUACAAUAUAAAUACAUUAGCAAUCUCAGAUUUUCAGAAAGUUUGCUUUCUUUUCAUAUGGCAAUGCAUAAUAAUGACGGCAAAUAUAUUUUCUAUAUUACAAUGUGUCAUUUUAA